CGCAGGUGCUCAUGAUGCAGGAGAAUGACCAUGACAUUGAGAAACAAGGCUUUGAAAACCUGGCCUACGAGUAUGGGAGCCAGACUGAGCUCUGUCCUCCACCUAAAGCUGCCUCAAGAGCAGCUUUUAAACUUCAGCGGAUCACCUCUGAGCAUGAGGUCCACAUCAUCCAAACCAGAAUCUGCAGCCUGAAUGGAAUAAUUGCUGUCACAUGGUCUGUACCCAACAGUUUGGCCAAGGUGGACUACGAUGCUUCAGUUAUUCCAACCAAAGAGAUCGCCCUGGAACUACAGACCUUGGGAUACAGCGUGGAGUCUGUGGUGCAGAUCAGGGUGGAUGGUAUGCACUGCCAGUCCUGUGUGCGGUCCAUUCAGGGACAGAUCGGGGAGCUGCAGGGGGUUUCACAUAUUCAGGUGUCUCUUCAGGACAAAGCAGCGCUGAUUGUUUUUCAGCCUCUUCUAGUCACACAUGAAGAGCUGAGAGACAAAAUUGAGGACAUGGGCUUUGAUACUGCUUUGUUAUCAGAGGACCCAUCAGUAGAAGAUUUAAGUUUCUGGCAGAAAAAGGAGGUGGAUGCCUCCACCCAGACUGUAACCAUUUUGAUUGGAGGGAUGACUUGCAGCUCUUGUGUGCAGACAAUAGAAGGGAGGAUCUCUCAGAUGACUGGAGUGCAGUUCAUAGCGGUGUCCCUGGAGGCGGAAAAGGGAACAAUAACCUUUGAUCCCUAUUUGACAGAGCCAGAGCAGCUCAGGGCAGCUAUUGAGGACAUGGGCUUUGACGCCUCACUUAAAGAACCUAUAACGAGUGUUCAGAGUCAUGAAAAGUCCCAGCCUGUAAGCUUUGGACUUUCUGACAUGUCGACAAACAGGCCUGUAGUCAGCAAUGGGACGGGUUCACAGGCACCAUCUGCAAGUUCGCCUGAGAUAAAGGCACAGAAAUGCUUCAUCUGCGUUACGGGGAUGACCUGUGCCUCCUGUGUGUCCAACAUCGAGAGGAACCUGCUCAAACACAGAGGAAUCCUCUCAGUGUUGGUGUCGCUAAUGGCCGGUAAGGCGGAGGUGAAGUAUGAUUCACAUGUCCUGGAUGCUACUGCAGUGACUGAGCUCAUCAAAGACUUGGGCUUUGGUGCCAAAGUGAUUGAGGAUAAUGCAGUAGCACAUGGAAAGCUGGACCUCACUAUAACAGGCAUGACGUGCGCAUCAUGUGUCCACAACAUCGAGUCCAAGCUCAACUUAACCAGAGGGAUCCUCAUGGCUUCGGUCGCACUGGCAACCAACAAAGCUCAGGUUGAGUUUGACCCAGAGGUGCUCGGACCUCGGGAUAUUAUCAAGCUCAUCCAGGGUCUUGGAUUUGAGGCCAGGCUGGAGCAGGCGGGCUUCAAAAACAACCUCGAUCACAAAGAAGAAAUUCGACAGUGGAAGAACACAUUUCUGUUGAGCCUGGUCUUUGGCUUGCCUGUGAUGGGUCUCAUGAUCUACAUGAUGGUGAUGGACAACCUACACCAAGAACACGGGGGCUCCAUGCCCACCGAGCAGAAUGUACUUCCGGGCCUCUCCAUCCUUAACCUGCUUUUCUUUGUGCUCUGCACACCUGUCCAGAUCUUUGGAGGUCGAUACUUUUACAUUCAGGCCUACCGCUCUCUAAAACAUCGCACUGCCAACAUGGAUGUGCUAAUUGUGUUAGCCACCUCCAUUGCCUACAUCUAUUCCUGCGUGGUCCUCAUCGUGGCCAUGGCGGAGCAGGCAAGCCAGAGCCCUGUGACCUUUUUCGACACUCCACCCAUGCUCUUUGUGUUCAUCGCUUUGGGACGAUGGCUGGAACACAUCGCAAAGAGUAAAACCUCAGAGGCUUUGGCCAAAUUAAUGUCACUUCAAGCCACCGAUGCCACUGUGGUCACGUUGGGAUCUGACAAAUCCAUCAUCAGUGAGGAGCAGGUGCUGGUGGAGCUCGUUCAGAGGGGCGAUAUUGUGAAGGUUGUUCCUGGAGGGAAGUUCCCAGUCGAUGGGAAAGUGAUUGAAGGGAACUCCAUGGCAGAUGAGUCCUUGAUUACAGGUGAGCCAAUGCCCGUUAGUAAGAAGGUGGGCAGUUUGGUGAUUGCCGGCUCCAUUAACGCUCACGGUGCCCUUCUGGUGGAGGCCACUCACGUCGGUACUGAAACAACACUGUCACAAAUAGUCAAACUGGUCGAAGAGGCACAGACCUCUAAGGCCCCCAUCCAGCAGUUUGCAGAUAGACUCAGUGGCUACUUCGUGCCCUUCAUUGUUAUCGUGUCCCUGUUAACACUGAUAGUGUGGCUGGCCAUUGGCUUUGUCAACUUCGACAUUGUGAAGGAGAACUUCCCGGGUUACAACCAGAGCAUCUCCAAGGCAGAGGUCAUCGUCCGCUUCGCCUUCCAGGCGUCCAUCACCGUUCUCUCCAUCGCCUGCCCCUGCUCUCUGGGGCUGGCAACUCCGACGGCGGUCAUGGUUGGCACGGGGGUCGGCGCUCAGAACGGCAUCCUCAUUAAAGGAGGCGAGCCGCUGGAGAUGGCACAUAAGAUCAGUGUGGUGAUGUUUGAUAAAACUGGCACUAUUACAAACGGCGUGCCGCGGGUGACUCGAGUCCUGGUGUUGUGGGAAGUGGCCCGCAUGCCCCUGAGGAAGAUCCUGGCAGUGGUGGGUACCGCCGAGGCCAGCAGCGAGCACCCGCUAGGCAUAGCAGUUGCCAAAUACUGCAAACAGGAGCUGGGCUCCGAUGUCCUCGGGUGCUGCCAGGACUUCCAGGCCGUGCCCGGCUGUGGGAUCAGCUGCCGGGUGUCCAGCGUGGAACAUCUGCUGCUGCAGCCGAGCGAGGAGCGAUUCCUGCUGCCGGGGGCUACUAUUGAAGAAAGCAGCAUGCUGCCUGCAGGAGAGUCCACCUCUGCAGCUGAAGGGCUGUUUUAUUCUGUCCUGAUUGGAAACAGAGAGUGGAUGAGGAGGAAUGGCCACCACAUAGGAGCAGAUGUGGAUGCUGCGAUGUCGAGCCACGAAACCAAAGGGCAGACAGCCAUACUGGUGGCUAUAGAUGGUGUUUUGUGUGCAAUGUUAGCCAUCGCAGACACGGUGAAAGCAGAGUCAGCAUUAGCAGUGCAUACACUGAACACUAUGGGCAUUGAGGUGGUGAUGAUGACGGGAGACAACAGGCGCACAGCUAAGGCCAUAGCAGCACAGGUGGGGAUCAGAAAGGUAUUUGCAGAAGUGCUGCCAUCACACAAGGUGGCAAAAGUCCAGGAGCUGCAGAAACGAGGCCUGAGGGUGGCCAUGGUGGGAGAUGGCGUGAACGACUCCCCCGCCCUCGCCCGUGCCGACGUCGGCAUCGCAAUCGGGACAGGCACCGAUGUGGCUAUUGAGGCGGCUGACAUUGUCUUGAUCCGAAAUGACCUGCUAGAUGUGGUGGCCAGCAUCGAGCUGUCCAAGAAGACGGUGCGUCGGAUAAGGAUCAACUUUGUCUUUGCUCUCUUCUACAAUCUUGUUGGAAUACCAAUUGCUGCAGGUGUGUUCAUGCCCGUUGGCCUGGUGCUCCAACCCUGGAUGGGCUCAGCUGCAAUGGCCGCCUCAUCAGUUUCAGUGGUCCUGUCUUCUUUACUGCUGAAAAUGUACAAGAAAACCUCAGUGGAGCUCUAUGAGAUGCGUGCUAGAGGCCAAAUGAGGAGCCUUCGUUCGUCUCAGAUCAGCACACAUCUGGGUCUGGACGGCCGGCGGCGCAGUCCCGCUCUCCCCAACGCAACUCGGGAACAGAGGAACCCAAGCGGCAUGACUCCACCCGGCUUCUCCAGCCGCUCACCCAGUCAAGGGGCAUCCAUUAAGGUUGUUGCUGAGGAGCAGAACCGCUACUCCCUGCUGGAGCACCAGACUGCAGACGUCCUCAACGUGUUGUAAAGGGAAAACAGGAAGAUGUUUUUUACCUGGUACUCAUGUUUAUGACUAAAAAAUUUUUUUUUAAUGUAAAUACACUAAUUGUCAAACCUAAAGUGCUCUUUUAUUUUGAUGUAACAUUAAAGUUUUACU